CCGCCAAGAUGGCGCUGUGCCGGGCGGGGGCUCGCGGCGCGCUCUGGCGGCUCGGCCCCGGGCCCGGCCCCGCCUGGGGCCUCCUGGGGCCGCGGCCCGCACGGGGGGCGCUGAGGAUCCCGGCGCGCGGCCGCUCCGCCAAGGCCGGUUCCCGGGGCGCCCUCGCCGCCCUCGUGCAGGGCGUGAAGCGGCUCAACGGGCGCUACGAGCGGUUCCUGCAGCGCUGCUUCCCCCGCUUCUACGCGCUCUACGCCACCUUCACCGGAGGGAUUCGGUCGCUCGUCGUGGAGGUGAAGGAGAUCAGGAAAAUCAGGCAGAAAAUGGCCCGGCAGAAGCUGAGCGCUCAGCAGCUGCCCUACCGCGAGAUGGAGAGGCUGCGGCAGUUCCGCAGGGACGCGAUCAAGGCCAUCCCCGUCGGCGUGCUCGCCAUCCCGCCCUUCGCCAACUUCUUGGUCAUCGUCCUGAUGUAUUUCUUCCCGCGGCAGCUCCUCAUCCGCUACUUCUGGACGCCCAGCCAGCAGGUGGAGUUCCUGGACGCCUACCACGCCAUCCGCAGCGCGGCGUACGCGGAGGUGCUGGAGAGCUUGGCCCUGGCGGCGCGCUCCCUGCCCCAGCCCCAGCUCCAAACCCAGCUGCAGGAGCUCUGCGCCAAGGUGCAGCGCGGGUCCCAGCCGCACGCGGCCGAGCUGUACGCCGUCAGAAGCCUCUUUUCGGGGCCCCCCCUGGCCCUGAGCAAGCUGCGUGUCUCCCACGUGAGGGCCCUGAGCCACGUCCUGUUCCUCACCCCCCGCCUGCCGGCCUUCUUCCUGAGGCACCGCCUGCGCAGCCACGUCCUGGAGAUCCGGCACCUGGACCGGGCCCUGCUGCGCCUGGGCUUGGGCCAGCUGUCCGAGGAGGAGCUGAGAGCGGCUUGCUACCUCCGGGGCUUGAACUCGACGCACCUCGGCAUGGCUGAGUGCAGAGCGUGGCUGGAGCAGUGGCUGCGGCUCUCCUGCAAGCUGCAAGUGUCCGAGGUGUCCCUGCUGGCCAACAGCAUGGUCCUGCUGUCCCUCAACUACCUCGGGGCCAAGGAGUGAGCGCGGAGGGGCCCCGGCUGCGACCCCUCGCCUGCGGCAUCGCGGGGGGGCUCGCGCUCCCCCCCCCCCCCGGCCCUGGCACCUCGGGCAGAGUUUCGGCGGUGCUGGGCAGAGCCUGGAGCCGACCAGCGGAGCCCCGCGCGCCCUCCGGCCACCGCCGCACCCCGAGGUGCUGCCACGCAGGUGAAGGGGGGGGUCCCCGUCCCUCCGCGCUGUCCCCGCUGCCCCUCACGGCUCCGUUUCACCUCCUGACCUGUGUCACUUUACGGAUGGGGGGGGGGGAACAGGCGUCCCCCCCCCCCCCCGCCUCCAGGAGCUUCCCGUAGCGCCUCCUCGUAGUGGGUUGUGCUCAGCUUGGGUCCUGCUGCUCUCUUCCCUCGUGCGGAGGGGAUCCUGGGGUCGUUUACUGAAGUCUUAAUGCAAACAGCUCCUGAAGGGGGGCGAGGGCCAGCCCCCGGCUCCCCCGGGACCUGCCGGGGGGGGGGGGUCCCCGUGUUUUGUUCCCAGGGCUGGGGGUCAGCCCCUGCCCUGCACCGAACCGCUGCGGCCACGGACGACGCUGGGAAGGACCGAGCUGCACCGGCGGCGAGGACGCGGCCUCCAGCAGCGCCUGCCCCGCUCGGGUUCAGCCCCGCGCUUUGGGCUCCUCGGGAAAGGAUCCGGGGGCAAGAGGCCGGCAGCAGCCUGCGGCGUGCCCCCCCCGUGUCCCCGAGGGACUAAACCCAGCCUCUCGCCACCUCUGUCCUGGCGCCGUCUGUGCACGAGAGACGCUGGAGUGAAUUUCAACCUGCUUUAAAUGUUUUAUUAAAGACAAAAGCAAGCGACCCGCU